UUAUAUUUCAGGUAUGUGAGACGGCCAUGCUGCAUGCCGCCUCAGCUGUUGAUCCACGCUUCAAAGCCCUGCCAUUUCUGGGUGAGGAGGAGCGAGAGCACACCUUCUCCAGGCUCCAGGCUGAAGCAGUGGGUGGGAUGGAGGAAGAAGCAUCUAAUCAAGAUGAAGUUGAUGAAAUGGAGGAAGAGGAGGAAAACAACCCCCCUGCACCUAACCCCAAGCAAUCCAGUGCUUUGGAGUCUCUCCUUGGGGAAGCCUACAUACCAAGAGAGGAGAGGGGGCAUGCAAAGAAAACUCUUGCAGAGGUGGCAGAAGAUGAGAUCAAGAGGUACAGGGCGAGGAGACCUGCAGGACAAUCCUCUGGUCUGGUGGAGAGAGAAUGAAAAAGAGUAUCCUCUUUUGGCUCGCAUGGCUAAGCGAUAUCUCUGUGUCCCUGGGACCAGUGUCGCGUCUGAGAGGGUUUUUUCAACUGCAGGUGAUAUAAUCACUGCAAAAAGAAGCUGUCUCACCCCUGGUCAUGUGAAUCAGCUACUUUUCCUGCAGAAGAAUCUUACCAUUCCCAAGUGAUGUUCAUAAGAGGACAGUUUACACAGUCUGUCUUUAGUCAAGUUUAAUUUCCUGUUCAAUUUUGUUUGUACAUUAAUAUGGAAUGCCUUUCAGUUUUCACU